GAUGCGUGUCUCGUCGGCGUUGUACACGUAGCGUGGAUCUCAAAGUCAACAAGCUUUCAGGUGGUGGCACCGAAGUGCCAACUACGAGAAUCGUACUUAUCCUCUGCUACGACUACUUUUAUGUACACUCCACUCUUAGUCAACCCUGACUUUUCCAGUGCAAUCGUGAUUUACGUACCUGAAUAAUUCACUCAGUUUGUGCACUAAAAGUCAUCGCUCCGUUAUCCGGAUAUUAAAUCUGCAAUGGUUCCCACAUGAACCGUGCAAAUUCACAAACCGCUGCUCUCAUGACCACUACAAUCCAACUUCACACUGUCAUGUUUGGAUACAAUAAUGUGUAGCUGGGGACGAUGGGGCUGGAAUCGGUUGUCAUUUGUCAUGUACCAGAAGGGACCCAAAUCUUCGGUAUUGCAGCUGACUAGCAAUAGUCAACCCACAGCUGAUCUCGGCCGUGUUGCAAUGUAAGAAUGCUUGUUCUUGCAGCUAGCGUCGCAAACACAGUCUAUGGCACACGAGCACCGUCCCGCAUGUUGAGGGUCGAAGGACCACCGGUUAGGUAUCAAGACUGCAAACUGAAGUUCGGCCCAUGGCCUCCGAAUCUGCCCAAAGGCUCCACCGCAUGGUCGGAUGGCCAGCACGCUAACAUGUCCUCGUUUUUGAUAAGCUUCACGCCCAAGGGUGUCAAGGGCAUCGAGACUGAGUGGGUUAGCUUCCUAACAAAAGACAAGAAGACUCCUUCCUACGCCAAGUUCGCCCACGGAACGAUUACCGGCAGAAUGAAGUCCAAGACGGUGUGGAGAGUGAACGACCCUAACAACAUGCCAUACGUGCGAGUCGGAGGAACUUAUAAUCGAUACGGUCUUGACUCCAUUUCCUUCUUUGACAGCAACGAAAACCAGUACAUCUGGGGAGACUUCGAGAACCCAGCUUCGACACACUUCUUUUCCCCCAAAAACAAGGGGUACGUGGUAGGGUUCUUCGGGGCCAACAACAAGACGCAUCUCACCCAAAUCGGGGUGUGCAUGUCUGGACCGCGCAGAUGAUAAGAUGCUUCAUUCCAGAAAGCAAACACACAACAAUUUAACACUCGAUUUCUUCCAGCCUACUGUUAAUAUGUAGUUGAACAACUAGUAGUUUCAGUGAACCCUCGAAGGAUACUGCUGCGGCGUGUAGUGUGCGAGGAAGUGUUAUCCUCUCCAGAAUGAAUUUUAAUCCCUGUGCAUGUUUUCAUCAUGUAAUUGCUCAACUUGCUUAUGUUGCUUUUCCGCUGAAAUAAUCGAGAGAUAUUCGCUUUCUAAAGAAUAGAGCACGUCUUUUCGUCGAUUAUCAAUGUAAUAGAUCACUGAUGGGGUAUCCUCCUCCAGUACCCAUCUUCUCUGGUGAUCGGCUUGUCUGCUUGCAUAUCCUGUGAACGAAAAGAAGCUCUAACACUAACGCAAUAAAACAUAGCUGCCAUCAUGUUGGAGAGUAAGUCUUUGUUGCAUUAGCAGUGUGAGGAGAGAGAUUCAUCUCUAUCCUGCAGAGGAAAAGGGGUGCUGUGUAAGCUCCACUACUGUUAUCUUCAAUAGAAGCAGCGACUUA